AAAGAGAUAGAAGGAGAAGGGAAAGAUAGAGAAAGUGAGAAAAGAAAGAGAAGGGAAGGAAUGAUGGUGAUCAUGGCGAUGAUGUUGAUGCUGAUGAUGAUGUUUCGUCUGAAAGCCAAAACAAUUAGGUGUUUAAUGUAAAUUAGUCAAUGUUUCUAUCUUUUACUCUCAGCCAUCACCUUGAAGGCGUGGAACUCUUACUAUCUCGGGGCAGCGAGAUAAACGGAAAGAGCAAUGAUGGCAGGACUCCUCUCCAUUUUGCUGCAGGGUCAUAUCAGGAAUGGACAGAUGGUAUGAAAGCUUUAAUGAAACACAGCGCUGUUGAGGUGAACCCUCGAGAUGUGCAGGGUCACACACCGCUGCACUUCGCCUGUUCGCAGGGAUACUUGCACACUGUCGAUCUUUUGUUGGGUCACAAUGGCAUCGAUGCCAAUGUCGUGAACAACAAAGGUGACACACCACUGAAUGUGGCAGUUCAGCGGUAAGUCCCC